CCUCUUUCCCCGGAAAAGCUGAGCAGCGGACGACGCCGGGUGCACAGCGAGCAGGACGCCAUCCAAUCCGAGGAGAUGGCUGAUCCUUGGCAGGAAUGCAUGGAUUAUGCAGUAAACUUAGCAAGACAAGCUGGAGAGGUGGUUCGUGAAGCUCUAAAAAAUGAAAUGAAUGUUAUGAUUAAAAGUUCUCCCGCUGAUUUGGUAACUGCUACUGACCAAAAAAUUGAAAAAAUGCUUAUCUCUUCUAUAAAGGAAAAGUAUCCAUCUCACAGUUUCAUUGGUGAGGAAUCUGUGGCAGCUGGGGAAAAAAGUGUCUUAACAGACAACCCUACAUGGAUCAUUGACCCCAUUGAUGGAACAACUAACUUCGUACAUAGUUUUCCUUUUGUAGCUGUUUCGAUUGGCUUUGUUAUAAAUAAAAAGAUAGAAUUUGGAGUUGUGUACAGUUGUGUGGAAGAUAAGAUGUAUACUGGCAGGAGAGGAAAAGGUGCCUUUUGUAAUGGUCAAAAACUACAGGUUUCACAACAAGGAGAUAUUACCAAAUCACUCUUGGUGACCGAGUUGGGCUCUUGUAGAACACCAGAGACUGUAAGAAUUGUUCUUUCUAAUAUGGAAAAGCUUUUAUGCAUUCCCGUUCAUGGGAUCCGUGGUGUUGGAACAGCAGCUGUUAAUAUGUGCCUUGUGGCAACUGGAGGAGCAGAUGCAUAUUAUGAAAUGGGAAUUCACUGCUGGGAUAUGGCAGGAGCUGCCAUUAUUGUUACAGAAGCUGGUGGAGUACUAAUGGACAUAACAGGUGGACCAUUUGAUUUGAUGUCACGAAGAAUAAUUGCUGCAAGUAACAGAACAUUAGCAGAAAGGAUAGCCAAAGAAAUCCAGAUAGUACCUUUGCAAAGAGAUGAUGAAGACUAAUUGCAACAGCCUCAUAUUCAAUCAUAAUUGCUUUUUCCCAGAUUUGCUGACACUCAUCUUUGAUGUCCAAAUUAAAAAAUUGGAAAUUAUUCCAUAUUUUAUUAAGACUAGGUAUGCAAGAAUAGAUGUAAUGUUUGUUUUAAAAAAUUUUGUGUUAAGAACAUACUUUGGGAAGAAUACACUAGAAGUACAGUUUAUGAGAUAAGUAUUACAUUAGCUGAAAUAGUUAGAAUUUUGCAUUCUAAGUCCUCUGAAAUUUUGACUUACUAUUUAUAUACAUAAACAUUCAGGUGGAAAGUUACCUUUUCGGGAAAAAUUUUGUUUGGUUCCAAAAGCCAUAUUUAAUUACAUUUGUAAGGAUAUAACAAGUACUUACUAGACUAAGGUUUCCCUCUUUGCAGAGAACCUUAUUUGGUUUUUUCAUCAGUGUACACAGAGCACCUAGCACAAUACCUGUCAAAUUGUAGGCGAUCUUAAAAUAAAUAUUGUAAGAAGGAAUAUUUCAAAGGGAGCAAUACCUAGUUAUAAUCGAUACAUAAAGUAAUGAGCUCACUAUUUUGUAUUUUUGCUUCAGGCUUUGAAGUAAAAAUUAUCUAGUUACCCUUUUUGCAUUUCAUGUUACCAUGCCAUUUCACAUAACCAUACUGCCAGACAGCAUUGCUUAUUAUGGGCAUUUCUAAAAUUAAUAUAGUAUUUUUUCAAAUGCACUGUAUUACAGUAUAUGUUUGGGUUUGCUUUAAAGUCCCUGUGUAAGAGAGAAGAAAAUGUUUCCAGAAGGCACUCUCAUCAGGUAUCUAAGUAGAUAAAGUAUAACAUUUUACUAAGUUCAGCAUUCACAUUUUAAAGAUGUUUACACUGAUUUGGUUAUGCUAGCAAAGAUACUCUACUGUUAAUAUUGAACUAUUUGGUUUCUUUCCAAACUCCUUAUUUAACUUGGUUGCUGCUGGAUUCUGUUCAACCUUUAAAUAUUCCUUAAUAGUCCUUGCCUAUCAAACUCAAAAAGAAUUGUACCAGUUCAUAGACAUUUUUAAAGGAUUAAUUUAAUGUUUAGCCUUGUUGCUUGGCACACGAGCAAACUAUUAAGUUUUGUUACAGCCUUGUGUUUGUUCAAAUGAAAAGUACUUCUAUAAAGUUUUCAAGGUAGGAGGUUAUUUUAUUGUUGUGAUUUGAAUAUUAUAAUUACUGUAUUUGUACUGUUCAUUGUGCACACUGAAAACGUCUCAUACUGUUCUAAGACAAAUUGUUUUUGCAAUUAAAUUUAUUUUAAUUAAGAAACUAUCAUAUGAAUACGAUUUUAAAUAAAAAGUAUGAUUGAUAUUUA